AUGUACAUAUGCGGAAAAGGGGAGGACGAAUAUCUCACAGGCAAGAUCAUCCUUCCCUUGGAAGGAGAUCCCAAAUUCAGACUCUGGAAAACAGAGAACAAUAUGGUCAUGUCAUGGUUGGUAAAUUCAAUGACCAAUGAAAUAGGUGAGAAUUUUUUGCUCUAUAGCACUGUGCGUGAAAUAUGGGAUGCUGCUAAAGAAUUUUACUCGAGCAAGGAGAAUGCCUCAAUAAUUUUCGAGAUCGAGACCACAAUCCAUGAUCUUCGACAAGGAGAUCUUUCUGUCACCCAAUUCUACAAUAUCCUCACUCGUCAUUGGCAACAACUAGACGUGUCUGAGGAUUAUAAGUGGGGCUGUCCGGAUGAUGCAAAAAGGUUCAGAGAGAUCGUGGAAAAGAAGAAAAUAUUUAAGUUCUUGAUGGGACUCAACAAGAACUUGGAUGAAGUUCGAGGAAGAAUAUUAGGGACAAAACCCCUACCAAGCAUUCGAGAAGUUUUUUUUGAAGUACGCAGAGAAGAAAGCAGGAAAAAGGUGAUGCUCGGAGAAUCAUCCACCGCUGCCCCAAUCACUGAUAACUUAUCUGCCCUAGCCGUUCGAGGAGCACAGAACAUUAACUACGACAAUCGGCGGAAGAAGGGGAGACCAUGGUGUGAUCAUUGCCGGAAAACAGGACACAUACGUGAGACAUGUUAG